UCUUAAAAGUUUUAAGCAACAACAAUAAUUGUACUGUACAUAACUUCCUGUAAGCUUUUGUUAUUAUAAUUCAAUUGGGAACGGUCGUGAGAAUCACUCGUGUUCUUGCAGUCAGUCCUCAUGUAAGGUGAAUGCUUUAUCUUAAGUUUGUUUUUAGAUUUUUAUUAAUGUUUAUUCCGAGUCCGAGGUGAUUCGGUGACAGUUGCGAUGCUGCCGCGCUGUGCAGAACAAGUGAGGUUAUGUGAUUUUUUUCAACUAUUUACAUUGAAAAUUUAGACUAUUUCGUUGAAAUCCUCUUUAAAAUCUUAUCACUAUCCUUAAUGUUAUGAGAUGAUAAGGUAUUAUAAUUAACGAAAACAUGUCCACAUCACAGAAAUCAUUAUGAAAAGGAACAUAAAAACUGUGCUCAAGUUUUUUUUACUAUCAGCCGUUACAGUCGUGUUCACUGUUUUGUUGUUCAGGAUAUUUAAAAGUAAACAGUAUCCACAGAACGAGCUAUUAAUUAAAAAUAGGAUUAAUGGACUUGAACCGAUAGCACCACAAAAUGAAUUUGAGUUAGUGGAUAAUGAGAAAAUUGACUGGCACGAUUAUGAAAAAAUUAAAACUGAUUCAUUAAGAACAGGGCCUGGGGAGCAAGGAAAACCAGCUUAUUUGAGUUCCUCCGAAAACCAGAAUUAUGACAAGUUGUAUAAGGUGAACGGAUUCAAUGCUGCCCUUAGCGAUAAAAUAGCUUUAAGUAGAGCUGUGCCUGAUAUUAGGCAUUCAGGGUGCAAAAGUAAAAAAUAUUUAAAACAUCUCCCAUCAGUAAGUGUAAUAGUACCAUUCCACAAUGAACAUUGGACUACUUUACUUAGAACUGCAACAAGUGUCGUAAAUAGGUCCCCUGACCAUUUGUUGAAGGAAGUAAUUUUAGUGGAUGACUUCAGUUCAAAAGCAUUUAGUAAAAAGCCUCUAGAUGACUACUUAAGAGCUAAUCUAACGAAAGUUCGAGCGAUCCACUUGCCAGAAAGAAGUGGUUUGAUUAGAGCUAGAUUAGCUGGUGCUAGGGAAGCCACAGCGGACGUUUUAAUUUUUUUAGAUUCACACACUGAGGCUAACGUUAACUGGCUUCCCCCUCUUUUAGAACCAAUUGCUCAAGACUACAAAACUUGCGUAUGUCCUUUCAUUGACGUUGUACAAUAUGAGACUUUCGAAUACCGUGCUCAAGAUGAGGGUGCUAGAGGGGCUUUUGAUUGGGAAUUCUUUUAUAAGAGACUCCCUUUACUUCCCGAAGACUUAAAACAUCCUACUGAGCCAUUCAGGAGUCCGGUAAUGGCUGGUGGUUUAUUUGCAAUAAGUAGAAAAUUUUUCUGGGAACUUGAGGGUUAUGAUGAAGGUUUAGAUAUUUGGGGUGGUGAACAGUACGAACUUAGCUUUAAAAUUUGGCAGUGCGGGGGCCAGAUGGUAGAUGCUCCCUGUUCCAGGGUGGGGCACAUUUACAGAAAGUUUGCGCCCUUUCCAAAUCCUGGGAAAGGAGAUUUUGUUGGAAGGAAUUAUAAAAGAGUUGCCGAGGUUUGGAUGGAUGAAUAUGCACAAUAUUUGUAUAUGAGGAGGCCACAUUAUAAAGGUAUUGAUCCAGGGGAUCUGACGAAACAAAAGGCGCUUCGAGAAAAAUUACAGUGCAAGCCUUUCAAGUGGUUUAUGGAGAAUAUAGCGUUCGACUUAGUAUUGAAAUAUCCACCAAUAGAGCCAGGCGAUUUCGGUGUUGGAGAAAUUAGAAACCUAGCAGCACCAGAACUAUGCGUAGACUCUGGUUACAAAGACAGAGACCAAGCAAUCGGUCUACAAGAAUGCGUAUCCGACACCAGGAAGAGGGGCGAGCAAAACUUUACCUUAACUUGGCACAAGGAUAUCAGGGUCAAAGGGAAAUCUCUUUGUUUUGACGUAUCUGAUCCCAAUGACAAAGCCGAUGUUGUGCUGUAUCCUUGUCAUGGCAUGAAAGGCAAUCAGUAUUGGAAGUACGAUGUUGAAAAGCAGUGGUUCCUCCACGGAGGAAACCCGAGAUGCCUAGAUUGCGACCCAGGAGGAAAAAGAUUAUUCGUAACGUCGUGUGACGAGAAGUCAAAAACACAAAAAUGGAGAUUUGAAAAUGUCAACUUAACAAUGAUUGCUGAUUGGGAAAAUAUUGGGGUCCAAUAAUACUGUUCCCUUUUUUUGAAUUUUAUAAGUCUUGCCAAUUUGUUACUAUUUGCAUAUUUUAUAAAAUGCAUCCUAAUAUUGGCUAAAGAUUUAUGAUUUUCCUUCCUAUCGAUUUGUUUUUAACUAGCCUGAAUUUUUUUAUAUUUUUUGUGUUUUCAGUUCUGAAAUACGUAUUUGAACCUGAUUAUUUAUAUUUAUAGGUACAAAUAGUGACAUACCUCAUAUCCCAUAAAGAUACAAAUAUUAAAAAUAUGUAUUGAUUUAACAAUUUAUAAACUCGAGGUUGCUGUUUGUGUUCGCAUGCUAAACAUUACCUUUGCAAAUGUUUAUGGUUGUUACAAAUUUAUUGCUAUAGUUUUUGGCCUAGGCUCUUUUUACAAUUCUCAACCAAAAAGGUGCUUUUCAAAUUAUCUCGUAGAAAGUCACUUGGCAAUUGACUGAACUGAACUUGAACGAAAAUAAAUCGAUUUAGAUCAAGUUACCAUAUACCAGCAAUUUAAUACUUUCGAUCGGCUGAUUUAAUGACGCACGACAAAAAGAUUGCGUUUUGAUUGGUUGUCUGAUGGCAGCAUGAAAAUUCAUUAUGUCCAUACUUCCAUUAAAUCUAAACGGAGGAUGACGGAUAGAAAUUAUUAUAAUCGUUACGAUAUCAGUUGGAAGCGCAUAAAAACAUUUAAGUCGUAGACUUUACGGAAUCCAUAGGCUUCCAGAAAAUUUUUGCCCUGUCUCGUCUAGAUAUACUAUAUUCCAAGCUAUAUUCCUAUUUCGUUGACGAUAUUCUGUAAUUUUUUGUAAAUAAUCUUCCCGAAGUGCAACUAUACGUCGUGAUUCCAUAAUUACCAUACGAUUGU